AUGGAGCCCUUAUUCUCUGGCGUCUCAAACAACGCUCAUCACCUCUACACACUACUCUCCUGUAUUGGCUUUGCACCCAAAGCCACCGUCCAAAUCACCCCCGAUGGUCUCCGCUUCUCAGUAGAAGAAGGCCGCGUGAUCCAAGGACUUGCCUUCCUGGACAAAUCCCUCUUCACAAGCUACACCUUCAAUACGCCAACCGAUACAGAAGCAGAGACCAACGAGUCAUCCCAGAAUGUGGCCUACCCCCACUUCGCCGUGUCAAUCGCAGCACUUCUCGAAACACUCAAAAUCUUCGGCAUAAACGAACUCACAGAACCGAACCGCGAAAAAAGCAUUACACAAUCCUCAAACGCCUUCAAUGCACCAGCCCUCCUAAUGGACCGGUCCUGUACCCUUCAAUACGCCCAACACGGCAGCCCACUCAGCAUAACAAUAACCGAAGCAGGCGUGAAAACAACCUGCGAACUAGUAACCUACGAACCAGAAGAAGAGGAGUCCGACAUCCCCCUCCAACGCGAAGCAAUAAUAAUGAAAAUAAUCAUGCGCUCCGCCUGGCUCCACAACGCAAUCGCAGAACUAGACUCCUCCACACCCACAAUCCUCAAACUAUCUGCCUGCGCCAAGACAGAACCAUACUUCGCGUUGUCGGGCGCAGGAGGCCCCUUCAGCGAAUCAACCGUUGAAUUCUCCGUCGAUACCCAAAAUGAAAUAACCAACGGAAGCGAAGCAACUCAGAACACAGCCGCGUCCCAGAAGAUCCUAACAGAUGAUGGGUCCUCACGCGCACGCGCAACACGCGCAAAGCUCGCACCCACGGUCACAGAGACAUUCCUUGUAUCGCCGCCUUCCGCGAUGGGCGAGCGUAUUCGGCAGAACUACCGCUUUGCGCUUGUUCGGAAGGCGGCACGGGCUAUGUCUGUCGCGAAUAAGGUUAGUAUCCGGGGGGAUCGACAGGGAGUGCUCAGUUUGCAGUUUAUGGUAGAGCUGGAGGAUGCGAACGGGGGUGUGGGGAGACCUGUUGGUGCUGGGGUCAGAGGGCCUAGUGGGCCGGUUUGUUUUGUUGAUUUUCGAUUUGUGCCGUUGCUUGAUGAGGAGGAGGUUGAGAUGGCGUUGGAUGCUGCUGUUGAGUAA